UAUCGCCCUGGGCGGCUUCGAUUCUUGACAAUGAAUAGUGGGAACAAACUCAUCAGAAGAAAUCGAAAGCAACAUAUUCAAGUGUAGCGCGGCUGAUAUCGUCGAUUGUACCUCGGGCUGCAAAACUGGCUAUCGACCUGGACAUGCCGUUUCUUGACUAAUUGAAUCCCCCUCUUGAGAUGCCUCACAAAGGAUUUAUUCACGGUCUCGACUCUCGGCGGCGUCUUGAUUCUGCACGAUGCAGCCCUCGGCCCGGACGCCAAAUACUCUCCAUGCCAGUCUCAAACUAUGGAGAGCAAUGCUGGUGCUUGGUACCAUCCUCUCAGUCUACAUGCGCCCAAUUUCGCUGAAGAGCUUGCUCGGUUGCCCAUGUCCCCAUGCACUUCCCACACAAUCAAUCGACAUGCUGUUGGACGGUCCGGUGCCCUAACAAUCGGUGCCGCUUGCAGGCUUCCCAGUUCCCAUGUCGCUUAGGUCUCUUCCAUCAUAUCCGGUGUCAUCUGGUCUAUUGCGAGGGGUCAGACGACCUCCCACUGCCGAGCAUAUAUGAGUCUGCUUAGGCAGAAGAGCGGGGUUCAGCAGACCACCGGCCCAACUCACACUCCAUACUUACUCCGACUCAUCACUCAAUGGCCGGCGGUGGUACAUCAUCUCAGCCCUUGUCCUCUGCGCGCCGCAAAAACCUGGCCGGAAAGUCUGGAUGGGCGGGCUUGGUCGAGAAUCGGCGCGUGUUUGUGAUGGCGGUGUUCGCUUCGUUGGGUGGAUUACUCUAUGGCUAUAACCAGGGUGUCUUCUCGGGUGUCCUGGGAAUGCGCAAUUUUGACGAUGCGAUGGGAAAUGCUGUCACGGACUCCGGAAAGAAGGGUUGGCUCGUGUCCAUCCUGGAGCUCGGCGCUUGGCUCGGUGUUCUUCUGACGGGUUAUAUUGCCGACAAAAUCUCGCGCAAGUAUGCGGUUGUGGUUGCUGUGAUCGUGUUCUGCAUCGGUGUGAUUGUUCAAACGACAGCUCAUGCCUCUCCGUCUAUCUACGGCGGUCGUUUCGUGACGGGUCUCGGAGUGGGGUCCUUGAGCAUGGUUGUCCCGCUGUACAAUAGUGAAAUAUCGCCCCCGGAAGUGCGCGGCAGUCUGGUCGCCCUGCAGCAAUUGGCAAUCACUUUCGGCAUCAUGAUCAGCUUCUGGAUUGAUUAUGGCACAAACUACAUUGGUGGCACCGGGGCGACUCAAAGUGAAGCUGCCUGGAGAAUCCCUUUGGCGCUCCAGCUCGUCCCGGCGCUGUUCCUCGGCAUUGGGAUCCUUUGGAUGCCAUUCUCACCGCGGUGGCUGGUCAAUCAGGGGCGGAACGACGAGGCUCUGGCUGUGCUCAGCCGUGUUCGCGGGCAGUCCUCCGAUUCCGAGGUUGUCCAGAUUGAAUACCUGGAGAUCCAGGCGCAGUAUCUGUUCGAGAAGGAGACCCUGGAGAACAAGUUCCCUCAGUAUCAGGAUGGCAGUUUCUCUUCCGAUUUCAAACUCGGGUUCUUUGCCUAUUUCAGUUUGCUCCAAGAACGCAGCCUGCUGUAUCGGGUUGCUGUUGGAUCGCUUGUCAUGUUUUUCCAGCAAUGGACAGGAAUCAACGCAAUCCUGUAUUAUGCUCCCAGCAUCUUCCAGAAACUGGGGUUGACCGGAAAUACCAUCUCCUUGCUUGCGACAGGUGUUGUCGGGAUCUUGAUGUUCUUGGCGACGAUCCCCGCCGUGCUGUGGAUCGAUAAGCUCGGGAGACGUCCGAUUCUCAUUUCAGGCGCCUUUGUGAUGGCGAUCUGCCAUUUCAUCGUAGCCAUCCUCACUGGGCUGUAUCAGAAUUCGUGGCCCGAUCAUGUCGCCGCUGGUUGGGUCGCCUGCGUCUUUGUGUGGAUUUUCGCCAUUGGUUUCGGAUACUCGUGGGGUCCUUCUGCUUGGGUCAUUGUCGCUGAGAUAUGGCCACUUUCUGUUCGUGGGAAAGGUCUUUCCAUUGCAGCGUCUUCAAAUUGGAUGAACAACUUCAUUGUCGGGCAAGUCACACCGACGAUGCUCCAGCACAUUGGUUUUGGUACAUUUGUGUUCUUCGGCGCAUUUUCUCUGAUGGGCGGGCUUUUCGUUUUGUUUUUCGUACCGGAGACAAAAGGAAGGACGCUCGAAGAGAUGGAAGAAGUAUUCAGCGACAGCGCCAAGAUUGCACUGGAAGAUCAAGCGCGCCUCGACGCUAUAUAUAAACGUCUCGGGCUUCACGAUGCGUCGACCACGGAAAAGAACGAUAUCGAGGACAAGGCGGCAGAGGAUAGGAUUUCGAACAGUGUAGAAUAGUGUUUUCACAAGUGCUUAGUUUACGAUGUACGAGUCUUACGAGAUCCAGCUUGAGGAUGUUUUGACGACCCUGAGAAUAAGAGAUCAGCAUUCCGCAGUCUAUUGAAGGUGUCGGAGAUCAGAAGUCGAUUGAGUAUCCUCAACCCAGUAGGGUAUAGGUAGUCUAACAUGCUUUUGACUUGAUGCCAGAGGCCAUCACAAGAGAGAGAGAGAGAAAUGAAGUGAGGACCAACCUUUAACAUGAGGCAAGCGAGAGGUUUUUGGACACUUGCGGUUGGUGACGAUACCUAGUGUGCGCAAGUUGUGGAAAAGAGCAGAGAACGAAAACGCUGAGACGGGCCGUUACUGAUGUUCUUUGUCACAACGACUCUCAUCACGUGCAGGAGAUCUGAUCGGGCCGCUGCGCCUCACUUCAACUAGGCCAACACACACCGCCGAUGCCUCGUGGUCUUCUCGUAUUCAAAUACCAGCCGUAAGAGGGCAGGCUCGGGCAUCUAGAGUGCAAAGAUCAAUGUAUGUCUCCCGCUCAUUUCCGUAAUCGACAUGGAUCGGGUGCGCAUGUCUUGUCGCCUGCUUCCUGAUAUCGUAGUGUUGGCAGUUGUCCUUGUUGCUCACCAGUCCCUUGUUCUUGCCAGUACAUAAAGGAAUCCAGCGCUCGCAUCUGAUUCCCACACUCGACCACCGCGCGCAGCCUUCUCAUCGCUUGCUUGUAUCGCACAGUAUUUCGGGUGCGAUAUGGCGGCCACUGGAUUUCCUCCCGCCCGCAUCGACAUAAUAUCACCCGAUCCUGGCAGGCGUCACAAAUCCCCCAUCACACCCGCCACUACCGCCGGUGUCACUGGUAUCGUCUACCCUUCGCCUGUCGACGCGCCGCCGCGACCGCCCCCCUUGCCGCCCAAACGACGCCCGCCCGGGCAUCGAUUGUCCCGCAUCGAGUCUGUGUCGUCUGUGACGUCGCAGGACUUCAUCCAGAUCUCGGACGACAUCGUGGCACUUCCGCAGCUGGAGGACGAUGCUAUCCUGGACGAUCUGUGGAAGUCGUUGCGUGCAGACAAGGAGCUCAAAAUGCACAAGGAGGUCUCCAAAGUUAAAUCCCUGGAGGAAAACAAACCAAUUAUACCUCCGAUCACCGAAGUUGUCCCACCCCGCGCGGCAUCGAGUUCGAAAACGAGCACACCCGCCCUUCAGCAUGCACGGACUGCAUCGAUUAGCAGAAGCACCUCGUCGCCGCACCGCUCGCCGCACACGCCGUCGCCGCUUUCCAGGCAGAGCCAUAGUCCGCCUCGUACGGAACAUUCACAGUCUCACGCCAACCGAAAGUCGCUGCUAGAGGACGUUGUGCCUGAGACUUGGGUUCGGACGGCUCCUCCGAGUAUCGUGUCCCCUCCCCCUCCUUCGCCACCGCCACCUCCUCCAAAGGCAAAGACAGUCAAGAAGAAGAGAUCUGUAGUGUCGUACAAGACGGUGCCAGAACGGAACUUUCAAGUUGCUAUAUUUGAUCUACGGGGCGUCGACCGAGACGACAUCCGCGUGACCUACAAACGAGAUCACCUCAUCGUUUCGUGGGAGAUAUGGGAGGUCGAAGAUUGGGAGGAAGAGGACUGUAUCGCCCGCAAGACACUCGAGCGAGUGUAUCAUAGAAUCAUUCCCCUUGCGCCCGGGACAAAGUUUAGUGAGGUGUACAGUACGAUGAAAGGCGAGGACAUGCUCUUGCGUUACCCCCUCACAGCAAUGUAAUAGUACUACACCCCUUGUGUGCAUGUUUGUUGAAAUCCAGCCGUAAUACACGUGGUUUGGGGCAAGA